UUAGACAAUGACGUCGUGGUAAAAGUAGAGAGGAAGUUCCUGCUUGAAAUCCCCAGUGACCUCACUGGCCUGUUGGAGCCCGUGGUUGAUCCGGAGGCUCGUCUGAGGCUUCUGAUCAAUCCCGGGAAGUUGCAGCAGCUGGCGUCUCUGCCCGUCGACGCUCCGCUGUGGGUGCAGAUGGGUCAACAGGAUGAGCUCGCUGAGGCCGAUCUGAAGUACGUCGGGCCGCUGACCAGAGGGAGCAGCGCCGUUUACUUCGGCGUCCAACUCAAGGGUUCAGCCGCGGGCAAAGGAACAGGCAACGGUUCCUACAAGGGCCUCCGCCUCUUCACCUGCCCCGACGCCUGCGCCCUUUUCCUCCCUGCCAAUGACAUCAGGCUCCGCCACUGGAACAGCAGAAAUGGCUCCAAUGCACAUGAGCGAUCCCGUGAGCGAGACCAACACCGCAGCAGCAGCGGCAACAAUCACCACAGCAACGGGCACCAGAGCAGCAACAGCCACCCGACUCACCACCACCACCAGCAGCAGCAGCAGCACCAGCAUCCUCCCAGCAGCGCUCCUCAGCCGCACUCUAUCACCAUCCUCCCUCGCACAGCAGCGGAGUCUGCGCUCAUCACUGCUCAGAACCAGACGCAGGUUCGACAGUCUGCAUCUCCUCCGCCUUUCAGCGUCGGCCAGCGGGUGUGUUUCCCCCAGGAGGACACCGUCUAUGGCGGGGAGGCGCGGUACUGCGGGCUCCUGCCGGGACGAUCCUCGUCAGGGAUGUACGUCGGGGUUCUGCUGGACGCUCCUGUUGGUAACUGGGACGGUUUUUACCGGGGAGAGAAGCUCUGCCACAUUCCUUCACCGUUCUACGGACUCCUGCUGCCGGUCACCAAGGUUUCCUCAGAGCAUAAAUCCCACCGCUCCAGUCCUCACCAAAUGCCCAAAUCCAUCCUGAAGCCAGCGCCCCCUCCCAUCGCUAAACCGGGCGUCACAUCAUCGCCCACCACGGCUCACAAAGUCGCCUUGACCCCCCCCACCAAACAAGCACUGAAACCCCCCCCGCUGCCACCACCCAAACCCACCCAGAAACCCCUGCCUCCUCUCCCGCCUCCAAAACCCCUCAGUCCGACGUCGCCCCUCGUUUCAGAGCAGCCGCAAAACACCAACGGCGUCCACAGCCCCGUCUCCCCCCUGCUGUCUCCGGGUCACCUCGAGGCGUCGGGGGAGAGUGAGGAGGCGGGACUGGAGGGGGAGCUGGAGGUGGGCUCGAUGGUGGAAGUGAACGACCCUCCCAUCUUUGGAGUGAUUUGCUGGAUCGGGCGAAUCGAUGGGAUUUCAGAACCAGUCGCAGGAAUCGAGCUGGAUCAGGAGCUGUCUGCAGGGACAGACGGCAGUUACCUGGGCGAACGCCACUUCCGCUGUCCAGCGAACAAGGGGCUGUUCGUCAAGCUUCGCAACUGCAGGAGGGACUCCAGGUUCCCGGCGCCCGAGACGCCCGUCAAUCAAGUGGAGCGGUGCAACUCCAUAGCCUUUGCAGAGUGGGGCAGCGAGCGUGUGGAGGAGCACACGCCUCCCGUGGACGGAGACGAGGCCAGAGAGCUCUACCAGGGCUGGAAGAGAGGCAUCCAGGGUCACCUGAACUCCUGCUACCUGGACGCUACGCUGUUCAGCCUGUUCUCCUGCUGUAGUUCAGCAGACUGGGUUUUGUUUUGGCCGUCCGACCCUGAGACCGACCCUAACUCCGCUCAGGCUCAAGACCUGCUGCGCUGCGAGAUCGUCAACCCACUGCGAAGCUAUGGCUACGUGUGUGCCAGUAAGACCAUGGCCCUGAGGCGCCUGCUGGAAGCCGCCAGCCGAGACACCGGCUUCACCAACCAGGAGAAAGAUCCUGAGGAGUUCCUCAACAGGCUUUUCCAGCUCCUCGGAGUCGAGCCGCUCCUCAAGAUCAGGUCGAUGACUCGCCAGCCUCAGGAGUGUCACCUCUACCAGCUCUUCCCACCGACCCUGCCCAGCUCUCCCUCCUCGCCCGCACCCCACUCACCGGUCGACUCCCCCAUCCCUCUCUCCUCGCCGCCGUCCAAUCGGAUGAGAGUCGCCAGCGUCCAGGCCCUGCUGGAGUCGUCCUUCCUCCACGCCGGCCUCAAGUUUGUUGAGGCUCCCUCCUGCCUCCUGCUGCUCAUGCCGCGGUUUGGGAAGGACUUCAAAAUGUUUGACGCCAUCUUGCCCACACUCAGCCUGGACAUCACCGACCUGCUGGACGACACUCUGAGGCAGUGCAGCAUCUGUCAGGCUGUGGCUGAGUGGGAGUGUCUUCAGUGUUACGAAGACAUAGACAUCACCCCCGGUCGUCUCAAACAGUACUGCCCCACCUGCAACACACAGGUCCACAGUCACAGGAAGCGGAUGUCCCACAUCCCGGUGAAGGUCAGUGUCCCCGGAGGAGCGUGGACCGGCUCUCUUCACUGCACCCGCCAGCGUAUGUCUCUCUUUGCUGUGACGUGCAUCGAGACCAGCCACUACGUGAGCUUCAUCAAACACGGGCCCCUCCCCACCGACUGGCUGUUUUUUGACAGCAUGGCGGACAGAGAAGGUGGCGAGAACGGCUUCAACAUCCCCCGGGUGAUGGCGUGUCCCGAGGUGGGUCGAUACCUCAGCCUGUCGGAGCAGGAGCUGAGCAGAGUGGACGCAGCGUCACUACGGGAGCCGGCCCGCCGCCUGCUCUGUGACUCCUACAUGUGUCUGUACCACAGCCCCGAGCUCAGCUUGUACAAGUGACGUGGACACAGACACACAAAGAUUCACACAAGUCGCCCUCAGGUUCUUU